UAUAUUGGAAUAUAGUUGCAUGUUAUGGUGUAACAAACAAGGGGUGGACAAGGCUCCUUAAAUCAUGGGAAUAAUUAACAAACGUAGCAGACUGCCCUCCAGGUAGAAGGACAUCUCUGCUCUGCAGCACUGCUUGCUUACACAUCCCACCACUGGCUGUGCAGUCUUGAAUCCGCCCUGCUUCUCUCCAUUGAAACCACAGCUUUUCAUUUAUCUUCUUUGCGAGGACACGAACACAUUUUCAAUCGUAAACCUGACCUCACAAACCCACGUGCAGAUUUGUAAUGUGAUGCGUACGUGCCACACAUACUUCUUAUCCCUGGAUCCUUUUGAGUGGGACCAUGAUUUCUGGGACGGUGUUGCCAGGGGGAAGGCGGCGGUGCCUGGGACCUGUUGGAAAUGACAGCUGAAGAAUGCGAAUUGAAGCACAGGGAUCACAAAAACAGUGAAGUCAAAAGAUAGCGAAGAAAGUGUAUCGCUUCGCCGUGUAAAGGUUGUGUGUCCAGCUUUAGCCGUACAGCUAAUCGUUUCACUGUGAUCCGUGUCUCCUUAGCUGACGACGCCCGAGCCGCGUGCCUGUGGAUGCAUGCAUCCGUGCGUGGUUGUAGAGAUGGAGUCCAUAAUGAAUGCGGUGACUCCUCGCUCCCCAGCCCCUGCCAAGAAGCUAUCAGAGGUGGACUUCCGUUCAGGGGCCACAUUGGAGCAGCUGUCAGCACAAGUGUCUGAGCUAGUACUACUGGAGCAGGGGGAAUUUGGAGACCAGACUGCUUUAGAGGUCCACACUGCCAAGGACUUCAUUUUCAACAUGCUAGGCUUAGUCCAGAAGGUGGACCAGCGCCUCCCGGUGGCCAACGAGUACCUUCUGCUGUCAGGCGGGGCACGAGAAGGUGUCUUGGAUCUCAACCCAGAGGAACUGGGGGAGUACGCCAAAGGGGCGGACUUUGACCUGGAUUUCACCUUGCUGGUGCCCGCCUUAAAGCUUCAUGACCGCAACCAGCCUGUCACUCUGGACAUGAGGCACUCCCCGCCGUGCCACUCGUGGCUCAGCCUCCGCCUCUGCGACUCCAACACCCUGUCCCGUUGGAGCAUCUGCUGCCAGGAAGAAAAUGGACUUCCAGCUGAGGAGGACGAGGAGGAGGAGGGGGAGAUGGGUAAAGGCUCUAUUCCCUCCCUGGGGUCUCCUCAGUCUCUAGAUGGAUGCUACUUCUCUCCCACCCUGGUGACAGACUGGUUCUGGGGUGUUGUGAGCGAGGCUGUAGAGGAGCUGAGGCGCAGCCCCCAGCGAGGCAUCCCAACUCCAGACCGACUGGAGAGGAAUGGACCUCUAACUACCAUCAUCCUUCAGGCCGGUUCUAGCCGGGUUCUGUACGACCUGCUGCCUGUGGUGUCAUUUCGGGGCUGGCCUGCUGUUGCCCAAGGUUGGCUGACGGCCAACCACUUCUGGGAUGGUAAAAUCACAGAGGAGGAAGCCAUAUCUGGCUUCUAUUUGCUGCCCUGCUGCUCUCCGCUGGGUGGUCGGCCUGACAGGGAGUGGAGGCUGGCAUUCUCACGCAGUGAGGUUCAGUUAAAGAAGUGCAUCCCCUUCCCCAUGGCCCAGGCUUUCCAAGCAGCCAAGGCGGUACUGUCCCGCAUCCUGGCUCGUCCUCGUACAGGCCUCAGCCUCUACCACCUACGUACCCUUCUCUUAUGGGCCUGUGACAGACUUCCAACAGCCUAUCUGUCCUGUCCAGAUACAGACACUCCUGGCCGCCUCCUCCUGGGUCUCCUUGAUGACCUGGCUCAUUGCAUCUUGGGUAAAAACUGCCCAAACUACUUCCUUCCACAGUGCAACAUGUUGGAGCAUCUGACGGAUAGCCAGACUCUGCUUGUCGCCAGGAAACUCGCUCAUGUGCGCUCGGAUCCCAGCGAGCACCUGAGGGCGGCUCUGGACCAGGCUCGGCAAGCCGGCCAACUGAAGAAGGAGCUAACGGCUAACACUAACGGCCACGGAUCCCCCGGGCAUCACUCAAACAAUGGCAUCAUCUCUCCUUCGGAGGACAAGCUGGCGCAGCGACUGCAGCAGCUAGUCACAGAGAACCCUGGGAAAUCCAUAUCAGUCUUCCUCAACCCCGAUGACGUCACCAGGCCUCACUUCCGCAUCGAUGACAAGUUUUACUGACAGUAGCCGCAGAGAAGACGUGAAAAUUAGUCAGUUUAGCUCACAAGCACACUCCAAAAACGUCAAAGUAUCGAAGGCUAAACAAUGCUCUGAAGUCCUGCUGCUUGACCCGACUCUUAAAACCAAAAACAGUCCUGAGAACUGACAUCCAGUUUACAUCAAGUAAGACGUGAUGUCUCCCAGCUGUUGCCGUGGAGAUGGCCCUCUCCUAAUGAGCUGGCCUUAACAAGACUUUGUAGCUGGUGCUACAAAGUAAAAGGUGGUGAAAUAUGUCCAGCAAAGAUUAAAACAGAGAAUGUGUGUAUGUGUGUGUACAUGUUCGCCUUAGGGUUCUCACACAUUAGCAACCCUAGAGACGGCGGCAGAAAAGCUUCUUGAUUGCUGCUUUUCUUUUCAGCUGAGAGUGGGCGACGACUGAAUUAGAAAUUGGAAAACAAAGUGUGGCUGAUGUUACUGAUUGUAAUGUGAGGGGAGCUCUUUUAUUUUACACUCACGCCUCAGUUCUGGUGUUUUUUUUUUUUUUGUUUUUUUUUUUUUAAUCUUUCUCAGGUACACACAGCCUUUUUUUUGACGCAUUUAACUCCAUUUCUAAGUCUAUAAAAAAAAACAUUUCAUGUCACUAACAUUUUUUUGUGGUGAUGAAAUGUACCAAAGAGCUUUGUUGAAGCAGUUUGCAGAAAAAAAGCAUGUUUUUUUUAUUUUCUUAACAUAUCCCUUAACAAUAACUUGAUGAAUCCUUCGAGUCUUGAUCAGAAAGUUAAUUUGACUUUUCCUCCUUCCAACGUCUCGGUCACACCAGGAUGUAAAAUUGUUAAAUUUAGCUGCGACAUUACUGGAAGUGGCGUAAAAAAUUGAUUUUUUCUCGCGGCAACAUAGAUAAGUGCAAGUCUUUCAUGUCAAGCUCCACUUUGGUGAAGUGGAGGAAGCUCAUUAGCUUUGUUAAACAAGAGGAUUUUUUUUUUUACUUCCAUAGACUGAGAAGGAAGUACUCUACAAGUAAAGCUUGCAGACAUUCAUAAGACAGAAGUCGAUCACAAAAAUCUUGGAAAACAGGAACUUGUUUGUGUUUAAUUGGCAGCGCUGCAUUUACACAGAGCAGACUGAGCAGGAAAAGACAAAACUCUGUUCUAAUCGCUGUCAGAAACAAAUAAUAUCCUGCUUGGUAAUCUGUCACAUUCUGGUGUUGCUGGGUUACAAAAGAUUAAAAAGUACCAGGAUGGUGAAAUAACUGAAAACUGUGGGUUUAAUGUGCAUUGAUCUGAGUGGGGAUAAAUUAUUAAAACUUGUUUAGUUUUCCAACCUGAGCAGAUGUUUUUGCUCCCUUCUGUUUGGAGUGUGUUGGUUGACCCCUUUUAUAAAGGAUUUAGAAAAUGUAAAACCCCGGAAGGAGACGUGUCAAAGUAAUAGUUUAAAAAUAAUAAUAAAAAAAGGGCUGGAUUUAACAGGAACACGGCUCAAAAGCUGAUAAGUGAGGGCUUUGUGCAAUCAUGAUUCAGUCAAAGUAUGUCACUGUCAAAACAUCCCACAAAGUGCCCAGUAUGUCUCACAUCUCUUCCCUUGUUUUCUGAGAAACUCGAUUGUCUCAUUUAAUUUUCUUUAUUCCUUUUGAGACUUUAGACUUGACUGAUUCUGAUAAUUGUCCGGCGUCUCUGCUUGGUUGGUCUUGUUUUAAUGAGCUUGUAUAUGAGGUGAUGUGAGCGUUCCUCCAUCUUGCCGGGGUUGGCGUCGUUCUUGUAUCACUGGGCGUCUGAAGCCACGGAGCUCUUAAUAUUUGGUUCCUCUCCAGCAUUGUGUUAGCAGCCACACUGCUGCAGUGCCACUCAGCUGAUUUGUUUUUUGAGCAGCUCAGUCGGUACAAGCUGGAGGAAAAAAUCAAAGCAGUUGAGCUGUGAUUUUUUUUUUUUUAUGGUUCCUCUUAAAUAAAUGUAAUUUUGUUUGUUUUUGCAGCAGCGAAUUUAAAACGGUAUCUUCAACACUAACUGAAGGGUAGCGUUUGUAUUUACUUUGUAUUCUACUUUGCAUUGGUAUACUAGAGGGAGGGGAUGAUGAUGAUGAUGGUUGAUUUAAAACUUCUGGUGGAGUGUUUCUCCUUCACACAGAGGUACAAGUCUAGAUUUAAAUUGACUAACGAAGUCUGUAUGUACAGUUAUCUCGUGCUUACUACUGAAUGAGUACAUUUUUAUACUGACUGUCUGGUGUAUGUGUGUGAGCAUGUGUGUGGACUGAACUUGAGGAAAACCAAAGUGUGUUGUAGAUGUGGUGCAGAAUGUCUAAGCUGCCAGGUGUUUUCAGCACUUUUUAUGAAGAUGGGCCUGAUAAUUAUUACCAAGUCUCUACAGGAUUUGAAUAGUCGGAAGAAAAUCUAAUGAUUUAUGUAUCAGAUUGAAGUUACAGUAAAGGUAACCCGUUAGCCUCUUUCAUGUUUGACUGAGAGCGUUUAAACUUUCUCACUUUGUACCUUAAUGGGCCUCACUGGAGAUUACAAGACACUGGAAACAAUCAUAUUUUUUCCUGAAUUGUACUCAUGAACUCUACGCGGAGAGCGUUAACUACUGUAUCUGAAGAUAGCGUCAAUUUCUAAUUAUGCAAUCAACCCCUUUGUGGAAACGCCUGUGGUUUACAAAGCCUGCUCUAAUUGUACUUGGGUGUAGUUCACUGUAGUUGUAGUUAUAAAAAAAAAAAGAGGGGGGUUCAAUAUCUGCUGUGCAGGAUUGCAUGAAGCACAGAAGAUGCUCCUUAAAAUCAAUCUAACGCUCUGCUACUCUGGUUAAAACCUUAACUUGGUUUGGAACUUUUGAUGAGUGUUGUGGAUGAAUAGCAGAUUAAAUACCAUGAAUGUAUCCACCAAGUCUCUAAUCUGAUCCCCUACUUGAGAACACUGAACUUUUCUCUGUAAUCUUACCAGAUGAUCUGUUGUGUCUUUACAGUGCUGAGAUAAAUAUCUGUACUGUUUGAGUAAUUGAAUUUCAUAUCUUUUAUUACUUGAGUUCCUCCUCUUGUUUUCCUCUUUGGAAAACUGGCAAUUUUCUUUCACUGUUGACUGAUUUGUUAUAUUUAUUACUGUUUAUUUUCUGGGGAUUUAUAUUGAUUGAUAUUUAAGCUUUAGCAUGAAAUAAAUCACACUUGAAAUUCCA